AUUAUAGCAGGCUUCUCUUUUUCCCACAUUAUCUUUCUGUGAGCCUUUUAUCUUCGAAAUUCUAAAUUGUAUCGGAUUAUUAAAGUAUAAUCCUCGAUCGCUUCGGUGUAUUUAUCGCGACUCCUCGAUCGAAUCGGGGUCACAGCCGGUCAUCGUCACUCCCACCAAGCCUCGCUCCAUUGAAGGGAACGACGGUUUUGACGAACGUUUACUACGGCGGCGCGCCCUACGAUUCGACGUUGCGGGAGCAACGAUCCCAUUCACCAUACGGAACGUAACGGACGCGCUCCGUGACGCCAUGUUUAUGCCGUCUUUGGCUGGAGAUACCCCGUGGAAGUCGUUCCCCGUAAUUCCCAACAUCCGAUGCGUGCGCACGUGAUAAGAUUGAUAAUAUCGUCGAGAGAGAUCAUCCGUGGAGCCGUUCGCAGAUGGUUCGCGUAGUCCGUCAAUCGCCGCGCCGUCUUCCGGAGUGAUUCUGACAGAUGGUAAACAAGUGAAUAACGCAGUAAUAUUUUAUCAUUUGUAAAGUUCUGUGAAUGAAGAGCAAGAUCCUCGAUUGCAAUCGUGAGUGGUAUGUCCUUCGUUACUGCGAUUGUGGGAUGUGUGAUUGCUGUGGUAAUUAACGAGAAACGGCUACUGUAAUCGCGGAUUCCGCGACGCGUACGGGCGCUGCCCAUCCUGUCUCUUCUUUGCUAACCUCAAGCGGACGACGCGAACUACGAAAAUGGGGAAUAUGUGCAACGAAUGCAUGGCCAGAGUGCCAUAUGCGACUCUUAUAGCGACCAUUAUGUGUUGUCUGGGAGUUGGAAUCUUCUGCGGAACCAUGUACAGAGGUGCAACGUUGUGUGCUCUUAUGAUGGAUCAGGUGUUUCACCUGCAUCUUGGAUGGUUGGAAGCGGUGCAGUUAGUGUUUGCGUCAGUCGGAGCGUGCAUGGCAGCUUUAGGAUUCAUGAUUUUGUGCGUCGGUUGUCUUGCAACUGGUGCUACAAGGCACAAAGUCUAUCGUGCAUGGAGAUCCCGAGUGGGUGGACGUAUAUCAUGUGCUGUUUUUAUGACUAUCAUCUACAUUCUGCAAAUAGCUUGGCUUCUGAUAUUCGCAUUCCUGAUUAUUACAACGCUGAUAUUCACCAUAUUCUGGAAUUUGUGCAGCAAUCCACGUGUUCAAUCUCUUGACGAUUGCAUUGAUUUUACUCAAUUCAGUUUUAUGUUUCCAAAUAAUACGCGGGUGCAGGACAUGCAAGUGUGUGGACCCCAGGAAGUCAAGCUGUUCUGUAAGGAUUUUGUGGAGAAGGCUGAGGUGAUGUUCAUCUUGGCGACCGCGGCGAGCAUGCUUGUGAUUCUAAGCUUGAUACACUAUUUGAUGUGCUUAUCUGCUAAUUAUGCACACAUACGAGAUCAUGAAAAGUUCCAGGAGCUGCAGGAACUGCAGUAUCUACAGGAUGCGACCGAUCCAGACUCUCCUCAGUCGGGAAUGGGUACUCUCGGCUCUCAUCGCGGUAAAGAUAGGUUCUAGGACACGGCCCGCGAGAUCUUCACCAUGAACCCCUUGUAAGGAGCCUAACGUUUACUUGAAUAUCUACGUAGGCCAUUCUUAUGAUUGGAAAUCUCUUCCGGAUACUAUUUCAUCUUCUCUAUGUACCUAAAUUCGGUAUUCUGCUCAUAACGGUGUGUCCAUCACCAACAGUAGUCUACUGAUUGGAGGAUCUUGCGGGAACUAACUCUAUGCCGUCCAUUAUAUCUACGACUGUCGUAUGUAAGCAUCUACUCGUUUUUUUUAAUGUAAAAAAGAUGUUAUUUUAUUGAAGCAUGUAUCGAUUUGUCAUAAGAUUUUCAUUUCUAACGUGAAUCGCUCGAUUAAAAUCGAGAUCAUUUGCAGAGUUUGGCUCACGACGAAUGUCAUUCCAUAAACUUGUAUUAGUAGGAAAAGUAUUUGAAAUCUAUUCUGUGCAUGUUUGAAAUGUACAAAAUUCCAGUGCACAGAUUUUUUUACUUGGACAAAUUUGUUUUAUUUCACUUCGAUGUACACACACGCACUCUAUAUUGUGCGUAAUAGUAUUAUGCGAGUAUUCACGACUUUAGAUCAUUUAUUGGUCUAAUCUUUCGGUAUUAGGGCUAAUUAUCGAACUACAUGUAUCACUAUAUCUUCAUACUAAGAUUUUUUUACGCAAGAGAUUUCUUUUAUAUUUAUAUAUAU